UGAAAACAAAGUCUCGCCGAAGGUGUGUGGAAGACAAGGACGCAGAAAAUCAGUGACGUAGUGAGACUUCCAGGAAUAGAAGAUGACAGCCGACACCUCGAGCUCUUUGUUGGAGCUAAAGCAGUUGCUGGUGACCGGUACAAAUAAUGCGGCUUGGAGUGGAAACCACCUAGUUCGACACUUGGUGGACUGGUACCAGCGCAAUGAACGGGAGAAUCGCAACAACCCGGCACUCACCGACAUCGCCCCCGAGGACGAAUCCGCGAGAAUCCGAACCUCCAACCCUUGCGACAGCUUGAUUUACUCCACGGCAGUUAUCCCCAAGCUGGUGAGCGAAGGGAAGGCGGAUAUUAUCAUCGACACCCUCCGAAGUUACAGCCAGCUGCCUUAUGUGGACAAGGAAGCACUGGUGAUGUGUCUUGCUGUGGCCUCCAAGCAAGCUGAACACAAGAAACUGGUCACGGAUGUGGGCAUUUAA